GUGUCGAGUGGUGACGAAUGGGCCCGAUUUUCCACAUGUGACGGAUUACAUGAAUCAAAACAGAUCCAUAUUCCUGCACAACGCAUUUGAUCGUCUAAACUAACAGCAGUUAAAAUGGUGAGGGCGUGGUUUAUGGACAGUUCUGACACUGAUCAGCGUCAGCCCCACAUGCAGGAACCUCCGCAGUUUGUCGACUUAGCUACGCUCAGAGAGCUGGCUGGUGUCGAAUACUACCAGAUGGAUGCAGAUGGUUACCUGGAGAACAGCGCCCUGAAAAAGCUCCGUGAGGAUAGAGGUUAUUCGUAUGAAGAUUUGAUCGAAAUUAAAAAGGAUACUCUACCAAAUUAUGAAGUGAAGAUAAAGGCUUUCUUUGAGGAGCAUCUUCACUCUGAUGAAGAGAUUCGGCUCAUCAUUGAUGGCAGCGGUUACUUCGAUGUUCGAGAUAAGGAUGACAAGUGGAUAAGAAUCGAGUGUGUGAAGGGCGACCUCCUCAUUUUGCCUGCUGGGAUCUACCACAGAUUCACCUUAGACACCAAGAACUACAUCAAGGCUGUGCGGUUGUUUGUUGGUGAGCCAGUGUGGACUCCCAUCAACAGACCAGCAGAUGACCAUCCUGCACGAAUCAAUUACGUCAAGACAGUGGUUGCUCAGUGAACAAUGGCUGGACGUCCUCCGACAGUGCUCAAUUUGUAACCAAGAACAAUCUAUAUCCACGCCUUUCUAGAUUUCUAUGCACAGACAUUUGCAGGAUAAAUCAUGUAUGAAGAGACAUCAUUCCAAAAUAUUCUCCAAUGAAUAAAAGCUGAAAUUGCAUGGACGUUACUCUGCAUUGUGACCACCAAUGGUUACAACACAGCAUUUGUGCUGGAUCGCUGGGACUAACAGAGGCUUGAGCUGACAUCCAUUGCCUGUGAGGGUAUCUCUCAACCAAUCAUCUGAAUCCAUCUAUUUGAUAUCAUGCAAUAAAUAGAAACACUGGCAUGUUUUGGUGAUCUGUGAUAGGUGUAGUCAAUUUUAUGUUGAAUUUGUGAUAACUUGUUUUGAGAAUUUGUAAUGCAGGCAGCAUAAAUCUUGGUUGUGUUUUGCUGUUGGUAGUCAGUUCAAUGGUCAGAUAUUUGUCCAGCCUUGUAUUUUAACAACGAUGUACACCAUGUAGGUGUAUAAAUACUGUUGAAUAUUAAUAUUGAUCAUCAGGAACAUAACAUGUCAACAGAUUGCCUUAUCAGUCACUCUUACUUCCCUCCCUAUAUAUAUAGUUUUAUAUAGUUUUGAUUGAUUCUUUACACAAUAUUUAACCAGUUUAGAAUGUUGCACCAUUAUUAAGACUGUUGUUACAGCAAGCAGCUGGGAGCUUUAGCAAUGCCUAGUUAUCCCAUUUCAUGGGUCUUACAGAUCAGUGUCUGGAAAAUCCUUCAGGAUGUGACUGAUGUUGAUUAGUAUUUUCAUGUGAAGAAUCUUCUGAGUCCUCUUGAUUCCAGCAAGAACUGGCUUUCUACUGCGUGUACAAUGCAUAAUCUGUAGUGCAAGAAACUCGCUUGAUUAUAUAUCCGAACUGGAGAGCAGUCUAAAUGUUUUCAUGUCAGAUUAAAUUCUGUAUGCUUGGGAAGGGGUCUGCAAAUUUUCCAUCCCACAAAAUGAACUGUUCUGGGUUGUCACAGUAAAAGUCAACAUAUAGCAUCUCUAAUGGCCAUAUCAUCACUAUGCAAGGAAGAUUGUGCCAAGUCAAAAACCCUUUUCGGUGCGUAAGUGUUGCUCCACAACUUCUAUGCAUAGGUCCGAUUGAUUGUUCUUAAAAUCAUUUUUAUAAAAGAAGCACAGAAAUGGACCCGUUUCACAGUUAAAUUUUGUGGUAGGGUGUUGGGAUAUGUCUCAAAGAACUUGAACUGCUACCUUGUUAUUGUUUAAUUCUGUUGAUGAAGACUAAACUUACAGAGCAAUGUAGUCGGUACAUAACUGACUUUUCAUUACUUAUCAAUAACAUAACCAUGAUAACACCAUUUACUUAUUAAUGCUGUUGAAAUAAAAGGGUUGCUUCUCUGAAAA